CUAAGAACGCUGCUUUCCUAAAAACUCUAAAAUCAACUGUAAUAAAAAUAUUUACAUGGGAAGAAUAGAUUAUAAUAUAAUUUAAACAAAACUCGACAUGGUGCGAACUUUAAUACUUACAUCAAGUGAGAAUGCUUUGCAUACAACUGCUGUGUUUAAAGCCUGCGAACAACAAAAACGUUAAACCUUAUGCCACCCUCCAACAUCGAAUAUAAAGUAGAAUGACAUCAUCAAAAUCACUUUCGAGCUUUUUACAAAGCCUUGAGGCAAAAGAUCUUUAUACAGUAUUUAAUUUAUUUAAAGAAAAACCGAUUUUUGUUAACAGAGAAACAUUCUGUGAACUUUUGUCAAAAACUCUUACAAAAGGAGACGAAACAGAUUACCAACGUUUGUUUGAUAGCGUUGAUAGUAAUAAAAGUGGCCUUCUAAGUUGGGAUUCCUUAUGCAACUAUUUACUCCUGAAAUAUUAUGAGCAAGAUGAGCUAAGGUCAGCAAUACAAAUUCCUGAGUGGAAGACUGCAGAGUUUGUCCCAAUUUUUCAUAAAAAAUCAAUAUGCCGCAUCUUAGAAUGUCAACAUUCCUACGUUGUUGUUAGUACAGAUGGACAGUUAACAUUUCUUAACAAUGAUUUAAAAACAAAUCAUACAGUUAAACUGAAAACUGGCGUAAAUGAAGAAAAAUUAAAAAAUCUCUGGGUGACUGAUGCUAUUUUUAUAGAGAGUAUAAGUAAAUUUGUUUUUUCGACUACAAAAAAAGAACUCUACUUUUAUGAUAUUACGACUCCAAAACUUUCUUAUUGUCAGGGUAAAUUUCAUAACUUAAAUGCUGUUCCCCUUUGCUUAACAAGUAGAUCAGAUGAAAAUCAAACCAGAAGCUUUAUAAUAGCAUAUGGUGACACCAAUGGAACAGUAUACAUCAUUUAUUUUUCUUCAUAUGCGAUCUUUCAAAAUAAAAGAGAUAGUAAAAUAAAAAACAAUGUAUUCACAAUUAAUGAUAUUAUAAACGGUGCAGUUUCGUGUGUAUCUUGCAUAAAAUACGACGCCCAUAGCAACUGGGUAAGUAGCAUAAUGCAUGUUUCAUACUUGAACUGUGUUGUAUCAUGUUCAGCAUCGAAAGCAGAUUCUUUAACUUUAGCAUGGCUUGCAAAAAAAGAUAAAAAAGUAAAACUAACUAAGUUUAGUGUUUCGCUUGGUAUUAAUGAAUUUGAUUACCAUAAAAAACUGAAUAUUAUAGCAUCAGCUGGUAUUGAUACAACGAUUUGCUUGUGGAACCCAUACCACGCUAACAAACCGGUAGGAGUUUUACGCGCUCAUAGUUGCGUUGUAGCUGGAGUUAAGUUUAUUGUGGAUAGCUUCCAACUUUUGAGUCUUUCAAAGGACAGCGUUUUGUGUCUAUGGGAUGUUAAUUUGCAACACUGUUUGCAAAAGUUAUUUUGUGUGUUUCCUACGGAUCCGGAUGUUAACAUUAUCAUGCAUUUUAGCAUGGAGAAUUUUUAUCUUUUUGUGUCAAUUAACAAUCAGCUUAGUAUUCUCAAAGCAGUUAAGAAAAGCUUCAAAACAACUCAUAAAAAACCUAUUAAAGAUGUUACUUACAAUUCAAAAUACGAUUACGUCAUAAGUGUUUGCGAAGAAUCAAAUAUUGUUAUUUGGCUUUUAAGUACAGGUCAAAAAUUUAGAACACUGCUAAAUCCGCAUGAAGGAACAGAGAUAACAUCAAUGGUUCUUAGUGAUGAUAAUGACCGUUUAUUAACUGCGAGUAAUAAUGGACGAAUUAAAAUAUGGGACAUGAAUGAAUUUUAUUCAACGGAUCUUUAUGUGGGUAAUUUUUCUGUAGAUUUUGAGGAUUGGCAUUUAUUUAAGUUAAUGUUCCUAAAAAAAAUGAUAAUUGUUAUUAAUAGUAACAGUAAUUUGUGGUCAAUACCUUUUAGCGCCAAUAAUAAUUGCUAUUGCCAACCUGUAAUUUGGAAAAUUAGGCCGGAACAUUCAAAUGAAAUAACAGCAGCUUAUGUUCAAGAACCAAAUUACUUGGUUACUGGCAGCUUUAAUGGCAUUAUAUUAGUUUGGGAUACUAAUAUCCAAAAUGUACUAAAAAUGCUUACGGCUACUAAAAACCCUGACGUACCGGAGAGUUACUUCCAUACAUCGUUUAAAAACUCUGAAAAUAACACAUUUAAAAAUGGUUUUCUAAAGUUACCUCUUUUGAAUGAUUGUAAUACAACGUUAUUAAAGAACUCAAAUACUAAUUAUACUAAAACAUCUGCAGAAAAUGUUCCUGAACAAAAUGAAAAAAUUCAACAUUGUGACCAAUCUGUUUCUGUUACGUCAAUAGUUUUUCUUAAAAGAGAUAAAAAGGAAAGUCCUGAUUUACCUGACUUCUAUACUUGCCACUACGAUGGGACCGUCAUAUUUUGGAAUGCCGGUAUUAGGGUCUAUGAUUUUAAAGCAUUUGAAUCAUACGGUCAUUUUGUUUCUGAUAUUGAUUCAACAAACUCUUUUUUUUGUAUUGGCUCAAAAAAUGGCACAUGCAAGAUAUGGGAUUUGUCUAAAUGUUUUAUAAAUGAAAACUUUCCCAUCAUAGAACCUGUACUAGUAUCUUAUUUUACUCCUCAUAGUGACCAAGUAUCGGUUGUACGGUUUACUGAAAAAAACAAUUUAAUUUUUAUUUUGUCUGCUUCUGACGAUUGUACAGUCGCUCUUCAUUACUUUGACAAAUUAAAUGACGUCUUUAACUUUGUUUUAGUUGGUGUGUUUGGUCAAGACUCAAAUUGGAACAUAGACACUUUGAAACUUAAUGAAACAUUUUUUGAAAAAUAUACAACAGAAACAGAAAUUAAAGAAGUUAACAUGGCACAAAACCCUAAAGCAACUAAUUCAACAGCAUAUAAUUCUUCAGCCAUUUUACAAAAAAUAAAAACUAAUUCAAACAAUACCUUAAAAGAAAAUUCUUACUUGGUUUCUUCUACUGAGAAAAAAGUAAAAGAAAAUUUAGUUUCUACUAAAAAUAUGUAUUUAAAACAAAAGCAAUUAUUUAAAAACUCAGUUGAAAACGGAACUUUAUACAAAUGUCUGCAAACUUACAAUAUUAUGGACAUAAAUUCACUGUGUAAACCAAAACUUUUUGUUAAUUCUGAAAUUGAGGCAACAAGAAAAUCCCAAAAUGUUAUUUUGCCCCACUUAGAUAACUUGAGUAAAACAAAAAUCCGUUUUAAUGAAGCUAUGCUAUUUCCUCCGCUUAACACAGCACCUUUACCACCACUCAGCAACAUUUCAACGCUUAUUAAUCCGCUCAACAACGAUGUGAUUGUUCCAACUCCAUUUAACAACGCUAAAAUAAAUUAAAAAUAGAAAACAUUAUUAACAAAGGUCCUCUUACGAAAUAAAGUAUAAAAAUAUAUUUAAGAAAUAUUACAUACAUAAAUGUACUAGGCCAUGUGAGAGUGGUAGUUGAGAGAUAUUACCCUGUGAAUCGAAUACCAAAGGAAACCAAAUGUCAAAAAAAUGUUCAAAAAAAGAAAAUUAACCGAAAUUUGUUUUAUUCUUCUUUAUGUAUCACACGACCCAUACUUUCGUUAUGUUGAUAGAACAGUUUUAUAAAUAAAUUAGGUCUCAGGCUCUUUCAAUUUGGCAUUUAUUGAUGAAUGAAAAUAUUUAAAUUUUUA